UCUUAUCAUAUCACCAAUUCAAAAGCCUCUCAACUUCCAAUCCAUUUUCAUCUUGUUUUUCAAAACCUUGAUCAAGUAUUAAUGGCCGAUCUUGAAAAUGAAGUUGAAGUUCCUCGCUUUUUCUUGUGCCCGAUUUCACUCGAGAUCAUGAAAGACCCUGUAACGCUCUCCACAGGAAUCACCUACGAUCGAGACACCAUCGAAAACUGGCUGUUUUCUCGAAAGAACAACGUUUGUCCCGUAACCAAACAAGUCGUUGCUGACAUCGAGCCCACCCCAAACCACACGCUUCGCCGCUUAAUCCAAUCUUGGUGCACCCUCAACGCCUCAUCCGGGGUCGAAAGGUUCCCCACACCACGCCCUCCAAUCUCCAAAACUGAAAUCAUCAAACUCCUCAAAGACUUAAACUCCCCUAACCAUCAAAUGAAGAGUUUAACAAGAUUGAAAUCUAUCGUUUUAGAGAGCGAAAAGAACAAGCGGUUGAUGGAGUCGGUUGGUGCGGCUGAUUAUUUAUCAACCAUCAUAAGUACCGUAAAUAGUGAUGAAGCUUUGUAUAUCCUUUACCACAUUAAACUGCCACCAACCGGUCUUAAAACACUAGGAAAGACUGAAGGUUUUGUUGAUGCGCUAACGCGCAUCAUGCAACGCGCCUCAAGCUACGAGGCGCGUGCUUACGCAGUCAUGUUACUAAAAUCAAUGUUUGAGGUGGCUGAGCCCAUGCAAGUGACGUCAUUGAACGUUAACUUCUUCAUGCAGCUUGUAAACAUAUUGGUUGAUCAAAUAUCCGUUAAAGCUACAAAAGCAACACUGAAGUUACUCAUCAGCGUGUGUCCAUGGGGUCGGAACCGAACAAAAGCGGUGGAGGCUGGAGUGGUUCGUGUUUUAAUCGACGCGCUAUUGGAUUGUUCGGAAAAAAGAGUCACUGAGUUGAUUAGCAUGGUGUUGGUUCAGGUCUGUCAGGCUGCGGAUGGACGGGUGGAGCUAUUGAAACAUGGUGGUGGUUUGGCAGUUGUUUCGGGGAUGGUAUUUGGUGUGUCUCCGGUGGUGAGUGAGAGGGCGGUGAGGAUAUUGUACUCGGUAGCGAUGUUUUCGGGUAGUGGGCGUGUUUUGCAAGAGAUGAUUGAGUUGGGGGUGGUAGAGAAGCUUGUGUUGGUGUUUUAAGUGGAUUGUGGAAGAAAGAUGAAGGAGAAAGCUAGGGAGAUAUUGAAGAUUCAUUCUAGGGUUUGGAAGAAAUCUCAUUGUGUAAAUUAUGAUUUGAUUUAGAUUAAAAAAAAAACAAAUUAUAGAUAGAUGAUUACAAUCCUGAAAAAAAAAAAA